AUUUAGCCAACUCAGCUCCUGGAGUUCACAGCCAGUGGUGGAGAACCUGGAGGGAGGAGAACAGCUUUUCAACUCAUCAGGUGUUUUAAAAAGGGACAGAUAGAUCAGUAAAGAUCACACAGCAGAUUUUGGAGAGCAUGAGUGCGACAGGAGCCCGACAUCACUCAGUGGACAGAACACCCAGUAGACGCCUCACCGCGGCUAGAUGAUGGUACAUGCCGUUCAUUUCCACUCUCAUUCUUCUGGGAUGAACAGAUCCACCUGCUGAGGUAUGAUGGUCAGGAAGCAGGGGAAGCAGUGGAGGUCAGUGUGUAAGGGUUUAGUUCUGGGUUCUCUCCUCACCAGCUGCAUGAUUCUGCUCUACUGCCUCUCUGCUCCAGAGGUGCAGUUCAACCUGCCUGAAGUUCCAGUGCCUUACUCAUGUGCCCGUCGCCCAUUUCCUGGUGUCUCCAUACCUGCCUCAAGCAUUACCCAUCAAGGCUCAGAACAGGAGCGUCGCUGUACCCCGAAGGUGGACGUCAUGUUCAUGAAAACCCACAAAACAGCUAGCAGUACCAUCCUGAACAUCCUGUUCCGCUUCGGAGAGAAGCAUCGCCUAAAAUUUGCCUUUCCUAACAGUCGAAAUGACUUCUUCUACCCUUCAUCCUUUCAUCAUUCGCAGGUCAGGGACUACGGGCCUGGAAUGUGCUUCAACAUCAUGUGCAAUCACAUGCGCUUCAAUGAAGCUGAGGUGGCGAAAGUGCUUCCUGCUGACACUUCUUAUAUCACCAUCCUGAGGGACCCAGCAGAACUCUUUGAAUCCUCCUUCCAUUAUUUCGGCCGCUUGGUUCCCUUUACCUGGAAGAUCUCUGGAGACGAUAAGCUCGGGGAGUUCCUUAAAGAUCCUGAGCUUUAUUAUGAUCCGGAGGGGUUCAACGCAUUCUACCUCAAGAACCUGCUCUUCUUUGACUUUGGGCAGGAUAAUAAUUUAGCACUGGAUGACCCAAGAGUUGAAGAGGGCAUCCGGGCAAUUUCGAAACGCUUCCACUUGGUCAUGCUGGUGGAGCACUUUGAGGAAUCACUUAUCUUGCUCAAGGAUGCACUUUGUUGGGACAUGGAUGACCUGCUGUUCUUUAAACUCAAUGCUCGAAAGGGGUCUACGGUCUCCAAACUGACCCCCGAGCUCAGAGCCAAGGCUUUGCAGUGGAAUGGUAUCGACUGGAAGCUCUACCAGCAUUUCAAUAAAACGUUUUGGAAGAAGGUGGAGGCGUACGGCCAAGACCGCAUGGCCAGAGAUGUGGCAGAGCUGCGGCGAAGGAAUGUAGAAAUGGCCAACAUCUGCAUUGAAGGUGGCCAUGCGGUUGAUGCCGGGAGCAUUUACGAGACUGCCAUGCAGCCCUGGCAACCUAUAGGUGAGAAAUCUAUUAUGGGGUACAAUCUGAAAAAGAAUGUGGACAAAGGACAUCGAAAUCUGUGUAGAAAAAUGCUGACACCAGAGCUGCAGUACCUAACAAACUUAGGGGUCAACCUGUGGAUCACCAAACUGUGGGGCCAAGUGAGGGACAUCCUUAACUGGUAGAAGGGCAGCAACCCAAAUUUAUUACUGUAAACCUUUCAGAUUACCUCUGACCUUUGUGAAACAUGCAAAAGCUCUUUCUGUGUCGAAAGGGGAGCGAGAUUGUGCACAUCUGUGAGUAAUAUGAGUGGUGAACUGACUUUAUGGUCCUGCACAUUUUAAUGUAGUUUUUAUUUAAGUCGUUUUUUAUAAAGCCACAUCAUGUAUAGAAUUUUAAAGUGGUGCUUGAGUUGGGUCAAUCAUAAAAAAAACAAAUCAGUGACUCAGUCACAUAGCCUUUUCUGCCUUGUCUGAAGUCUUUUACUACUUCUUUUUGCACAAUACUGAUGCCAAUGCCCUAUCAGUAAAGUCAGUUUUUUGACUGUGUUCCUGUUGUAGGUGUCUUAUCAGCUAAUAUGACAACGUUUGCUGCCCAAAGAGCAAAGCUGCACU